AUGGUGCCGUAUGAGGGGCCUUCGAAAGCUGCAGCGGAGGGUUUUGAGCUUUUGAAGCUUUUGAGGCUUUUAAAGGUAAGCUUCGACUUCACCGCAGUGGAGCGACAGGAGGAGGAAACGGACUCACCCAGCUUCCCAGGAGUGACCACGGUCUACCGCAAGGAGUUGGUGGAGUGCAAAGUGGCCACCACGGAGAAGGCUAUUCAAGAGAAGGUGGGCUUGCCUGCCAUGAGUCAGUGGAAUGCCACUGAUCCCCAGGGCAAUACCAAGUUCUUCACCUGGCUGACCGAUGCCGAAGCUGAAGCCAAAAAGGUGAAGUUGAAGGUGCAGGGAUCGCAUAUUUCCACCUUGGUCCGUGCGCCCAUCGGCUUGGACGAGGAGGCGCUCAAAGAAUACCUGGUCUCCCACUCGAUUGACGUCAAAAAGUUUGGUCAGGAUGGCACCAAGUCUUUGAAAGAAUUUUCUUCCGAGCUCAUCAAGGGUGAAACGCGACUGUUGCAGGUGUCCAGUGGAGAGAUCUUAGUGAUCACGGAGGUGGUGAUGUUAAUUUUGCACAAUCCGGAGAGCAAGGAGACCCUAGUGCAAACUGCCCAGAUGUGGCCCGAUGGCAAGACGAGCCACCAGGCCCGCAUCCCAGGUGCGAAGCGCCGACCUGAUGAAAAUCAGUUCCUUUGCGCUCGACGUAUCUUGAAGAGGCAGCUGGAAAUUGAUGAGAACGCGGUGAGAAUCUCUCAAGAUGUUGGCUACAUCGAAGAAGAUCGUAGCUCCAAGGGUUAUCCAGGCUUGAAGACCGUGUACCGAAAACGCGUCAUCAAGGGAGAGGUGAUCCCCAAUGCUUGAGACUUCGGUUGAGGCAAAGACCUCACAUCGCAAACAGGCUGCGAUGCCGCAACGCGCUUUCUUGAGCGCUUGUUCACGUUCACCCCCGGCCCAGUCGUCUCUUGAAAAGAGAGGAUCAGGCAAAAAAUGCCAAGGCGUUGGCGACCCAACAAAGUCAACAACGAGAGCUCGA